AUGUAUUCUGCCAGGAUCCUUCUGGCUAUCUUCCUUGGCCUGUUGACCCAAGCGUACACUCUACCUGUUAAGAAUUCUACAGGAGUCCAUGAGGGGAAAGUGAGGUUAAAAAGGAAAUACUCAGAUGAAAUUACAGACCGUGAUCAAAUGAAUGUAAUGGAUCAAAUCCUGGAGGUCAAUAGCAGGUUGCGAGCCCCUCGAGGACUGACACUCAGAGAGGGAGAUAUUGCCAGUUCAUACGUGCGGAGUGCGAUAACCUGCCCUGGCAAUGCCUGUCUCUGGCCUAAAUCAGUUGAUGGAUUCGUUUAUGUCCCAUACAUCCUCUCCCCACUAUAUGACGACAUGGACAGAAUCACCAUAGAGACUGGGAUGCAAGACAUUUCCUCUGGAUCAUGCAUUAAAUUUGUUCCACGCACUCAUGAGGACAGUUUCCUUGAUAUUCAACCGAGAUAUGGCUGCUGGUCAUUUCUGGGGCAGACUGGGGGAAGCCAGACCUUGUCACUGCAGACUCCUGGAUGCAUGUGGUCAGGAGUGGCCGCCCAUGAGUUCAUGCACGCUCUUGGCUUUGUACACGAGCAGUCACGUUCAGACCGAGACCACUAUGUUACAAUUGUAUGGAAAAACAUCAUGCCAGACCACAUUCAUAACUUCAGGAAACAGGUAACAAACAAUCUCAACAGCCCGUAUGACUACACCUCUGUCAUGCAUUAUGGAAGAUAUGCCUUCUCUGAAGAUGGUGGACCGACAAUAAUCCCCAAACCAGAUCCUUACAUUCCCAUUGGCCAGCGAGAUGGACCCAGUGCUCUAGAUCUUCAUAAAAUAAAUGUCCUAUAUAACUGUGGUGCCAAUGAGUAA